UUCAUUGGUCUACAGGGGCCAUGUUUGCAUCUCCAGCUGUCUUGAUGCGGUGUCGCUAACCGGUUAGCUGACUGAGCUACAAUAUCGCCUCUCACCCGUGUUCCAACUUAACAAGAACAUUUGCCGCGGCGUUACGGUGCAUCCUUUGCAAGUCGUAAUGCCGGUACACUCCCGGGAGAAGAAAGAAAGUAACCACGAGGAAAUGGAGGUGGAUUUUCCGGAGCAAGACGGUAGCAGCACUGACGAGGAGGACACGGUUAGCACGUCUGUGUCCGAAGAUGGAGACAGCUCGGAAAUGGACGAUGAAGACUGUGAAAGGAGGAGGAUGGAGUGCCUGGAUGAGAUGACUACCCUGGAGAAACAGUUCACGGACUUGAAGGAGCAAUUGUAUAGGGAACGUCUGAGCCAGGUGGAUGUCAAGCUGCAGGAAGUGGUGGCGGAAUGUGCCCAGGAAUAUCUGGAACCUUUAGCCAACCUGCAGGAGAACAUGCAAAUCAGAACUAAAGUGGCAGGCAUCUAUAAAGAACUGUUCUUGGAAUCGGUGAAGAACAAGUAUGACUGUGAGAUCCAGGCAGCCUGCCAACAUUGGGAGAGUGAAAAGCUGCUGCUGUUUGACACACUGCAGAGCGAGCUGGAGGAGAAGAUCAGACGACUGGAGGAAGAUAGGCACAGUAUUGACAUCACCUCAGAGUUGUGGAAUGACGGACUGCAUUCCCGGAAAAAUAAGAAGAAAGACCCGUUCUGCCCCAUCAAGAAGAAGAAGCCCGUUGUCGUUUCUGGGCCUUAUAUUGUUUACAUGCUGCAAGAUCUGGAUAUUCUGGAAGACUGGACUGCAAUAAGAAAGGCGAUGGCGUCUCUCGGGCCGCAUAGGGGGAAGGCCGACGCCAAAACGGAACGACACCACCACGUCGCACGGUCCGAAGACGGGCGACUUUUCUAUGACAGCCAGUGGUACUGCAGGGGGCAAGCCAUCUGUAUCAACAGGAAGGACGAGUUUCCCACCAGUGCCAUCAUCACCACCAUCAACAAUGACGAGGUGUGGUUCAAACGACUGGACGGCAGCAAGUCCAAGCUGUAUAUCUCCCAGCUGCAGAAAGGCAAAUACACCAUCAAACACUCGUGAGAUUUCUCACGUGCCUCCGCUUGCGCUGUUGCGUACGUCCUUAAAAUAUGUUCGCGCCACGCGUCGCUCCCCCUGUUUGUUUCUCCUGAAAGAGCAAAGCCUCAACCAAUCCAAUGAUCUCUGUAAAUGUGUGCCUAUGUUGAUAUGAAGGACAAAGUCUACACCUUGUCCAAAACAAAAAAAAAGGGGGGGGGUGGGGGGUAGGGGAUCAGGGCAAAGAACUGGUUCAAACAAAGGCAGGUCAAGCGCGGCAGUCUUUUACUGUGACGCAUGGAGCUCAGUCGCGUGGCUUUGUGAGUCGAGACAAAGCCUUGGCUGAAAAACAACCUCCCCAACUACACAGCGAGCCUUACUGUGGAUUGUGGCAACACUCUUAAAGGGUAAAAAGGGUCUGUUUGCGGUCCUUCAGCUGGCAUGGAUGGUGGCUGUUCGGUGUGUUUGCUUUGAACGCACGUUGGAGCGUGCCGACAGAAAUUGCACAAGUUGGAAGCAGUGUGAGGAGCUUUAGCACGCAACAGAAAGUUUUUGUGUUCGGGGAGCCGCUGUCGGAAAUGUCUUAUUUGUUAUCUUUUGCAGCACUGAAUUCAUGGCACUGAGCAUAGCAAGUGGUUAAAAAAAGUUUCAGGCAGUUUGUUGUACAUAGAAGACCGCUUUUUUUUGAGUUCACGGCACUGUGAUGCUCCGUUCGUGGGCCUGACGGUUGAACGUUUAAUGCCGCAUCCGGGUUUAUUAAUCUGGUCAGACUGUUUAAAUAAAUGCUGCCAUUUAUUUUUACACUUUACUUUAAAUGUCUGUAUAAGAAAAAAAGACUGAAGUCAUUCUUUGUCCCCCAAAUCCACCAAGAUUUUUGUUGUUGUUGGUUAAUCUUGUUACGGGACUGUUUUGUUGUUGCAUACAUGGCUCAAAAAUAUUUCCUUUUGCAAUAUCGUAGUUGAAAAGUGCUCACAACAUUACAGCAGCAAACAAGCCAGUUAAGCUAAUUUGUAUCCGGCUCAAUAUUACUGUCAUUUGUUUUUUAGUUUUGACAUUUUAUGCAUUGUGGAUCAUUUUGUACCUCCAUCUUCUUUGUUCAACAUCAAAAGAAAAAUAUUCAGUGGCACAAUGCAUGUCCAGUUGAUUAAAUAUUUUGUGGCUAUCA